AUGGCGGCCAUGGAGGAGUUGGAGAUCCACAGCAAGUCCUACUUUGUUCGCUGGGUACCUGUCAAAUCUGCUCACACCAUCUCAUGGAGCAUUCAACCACAUAAAAAGUCCAUCAACUUCGGCAUCUUCAAGCAUCCCGGCCAUUCCGCCGUCCUCGGCUCCAACACCAAUCUCCCAGCCACCGAGUCCCAGAGCACCGACUCCAUCGAGAGCCUGCCCGCCGCCACCACCGGACGACCGAAUGCCUCCAUAAUUGAGAAAUUGACGGCUAUCGGCCUCAAGCAGAUUCAGUGGAUCGGCAAAUGUGAGGCCGAACGCAUCGUCCGCGGCACCUACGACGUGCCCGCCAACGGUGGUGGGAACUACGCUCUUGUAUUUGACAACACUUUCUCCAAGCAGAUCUCCAAGACCGUCACCCUCGCUCUGCUUACCUAUCCGUGCGCCCUACCACCGCAGUCGGUCCCCGUCCCUCAUGCGUCCAGUCAACCUGCCCAGGGCGCCGACGCUGCGGAUACUGGGAAACCCCUGGCAGCCCGUCGACGCGGUAACAGCAUGGCUCAGCCACCUCCUCUAAUCAGCGACUCUGACGCUGCGAAAACCCACACGGGAAUACUGCAUAAGCGCCGGAGGAAGCGGCAUCAGGGCUGGGCACGCCGAUUCUUCUCACUUGACUACACCUCUUCGACUCUGUCCUACUACCAUGAUCGCAAUUCGUCUGCCCUUCGCGGGUCCAUCCCUCUGUCCCUGGCUGCGGUCGCAUGUAACGAGAAGUCGCGGGAAAUAUCUAUCGACUCGGGCACUGAAGUGUGGCAUCUCCGGGCCAACAACGAUACAGAGUUUGUCUCGUGGAAGCGGGCUCUGGAGCGGGCUGCCUCCUCUAAGACCCCUGCUGAUGAUCAUCUGCAACCCGAGCCUCUCCUACGUGUGCCCUCGCAGUCCGUCAUCACGAACCCCGCAGAGAGGCGCGAAUGGGAGCAGGUUGAGGGCCUCGUGAGCAAGGUUUCCGGGUCGCGCGAUGCCAUUCGGCGCCUCGCGAAGGAUACCGACCCAAAAUACUUGAGCGGUAACGGCGCUGACCGGCCGCGCGGUCGUUCUCGUAGCCCACAUCGGACGCCAACGGACUUGAGCGUGGGCAGUGAGGAUUCUAGCGAUACCAAACCCUCGUUCUGGAAGCGCAAGAACAGCACUGCAACACAACCCAGCAUCAAGCGCACUACUACUAUGGCUUCGAUGUCCUCGCAGCUGGCUGUGCCUGGAUCCUUUGAUACGGCAUCUCUCGCGGGUGAUCGAAAGCCAGCCAGCGUAUCCGGGCGUUUGGACCAGAUGGAGGAGAUUCACGAACAUCUGAUGGCCGUGCUGCGUGACUUGGACCAGGCUGUCAGUGAGUUCUCGACCUUGAUCUCAGAGAGCAAGCAGCGCCGACACCCCCCCGGUACGGCCGUGCAGUCGCGCCGCAGCUUCGAGUCGGAUGUGUCCCAGGAAUUCUUUGACGCGGUUGACGACGGUAUCCUCACGAUCAAGGGUGAUAGCGAUGACGAGGCGGCCGACUCCAUUGCGGAAGCGGAUGUGAAGGAACCCGAACCAGUGAUCGACGAUGCGCUCUCGAACAGUGAAGAUGAAGCCCCCGAAAUGCUGGCUAGCGGUGCGCAUGAUCAAUUCUCGCCGCUGUUCCCAGCGCGACCUAAGUCGCUCUCGCCGCUUCCUCUUAGUGCCGUAUCCCGUCGUACCAACAUCACCGCCCCGACGGUCAUGCCUCCCAGCCUAAUCGGAUUUUUGCGCAAAAAUGUUGGCAAGGACCUGUCGCAGAUCUCCAUGCCAGUGUCUUCUAACGAACCGCUCUCCUUGCUGCAGCGCGCCGCCGAAGUCAUGGAAUAUUCCGCCAUCCUCGACCGUGCUGCCAGCACUUCCGACGCUGGAGAGCGUAUCAUGUACGUGACUGCAUUCGCGCUGUCCUCUCUGUCCAGCAACAGGGUGCGCGAGCGUGCGAUCAGGAAGCCUUUCAACCCCAUGCUGGGCGAGACCUACGAGCUCGUCCGCGAGGAUCUCGGAUUCCGCUUUGUCGCGGAGAAGGUCUCACAUCGCCCCGUCCAGCUGGCCUAUCAGGCCGACAGCAAGGACUGGAGCCUGACGCAGUCGCCCAUGCCGACGCAGAAAUUCUGGGGCAAGUCCGCUGAGAUCAUCACCGAGGGAAAGAUGCGCGUGACGCUACACUCGACCGGCGAGCACUUCAGCUGGGCCCCUGCCACCUCUUUCCUCCGCAACAUCAUCGCCGGCGAGAAGUACGUCGAACCCGUCGGCGAGAUGGCUGUCCUCAACGAGACCACUGGCCACCGCACCAUCACCACAUUCAAGGCCGGCGGCAUGUUCUCUGGCCGCAGCGAGGACGUCACUACCAAGGCUGUUGACGGCUCCGGCCGCGAUCUUCCCCUCGGUCUCGCGGGCACCUGGACCACCUCCCUUCAGCUCACCGAGAACGGUGCCCUCACCGGCACCGCAGCCUGGACCGCGGGCGCCGUCGUAUCCAACGCGCCUAAACACUACGGCUUGACGACCUUCGCGGCCACCCUCAACGAGGUCACUUCGAUCGAGGACGGCAAGCUCCCCGGUACGGACUCGCGGCUCCGACCGGACCAGCGCGCGCUCGAGGACGGGGAUGUCGACCGCGCGGAGGAAGUCAAGGUUCAGCUGGAGGAGGGGCAGCGGGCGCGGCGGCGCGAUAUGGAAGCUGCGGGCGAGUCGUGGGUGCCGCGGUGGUUUGCGCGGGUGGAGGAGGGGAGUGAAGGCGAGGUCGCAUGGCGGUUGAAAGCCGGGAAGGAUGGGUACUGGGAUGAACGGAGCCGGGGAAGCUGGUCGGGAGUGGUAUCCGUGUUUCAAUAG